UUCGGUUUUUCAUCACACUGGUUGUUGUUAACAAAUCGAGUUAAAUGGCAACGCAAAUGCGUAAAAAGUCGCCGUUGAGCCCUCUAAUCGCGAAGAACCUGGUGGCCAACCACCGCGGCAGUUAAUAUCCAGAUCCAGGCAGCAACGGGUCCAGCCAGGCAGGCAGCAUAGCAUCCCCGCAGCGCAGAACAAGUGCCAGCGCGAAUCGAACCUGGGAACCAAAAGCUCCAAUUGGACCUAUCCGAUCGGAUUCCCUUCCCGAUUGGAGUUACGUGAACGGAGCGCGGGAGAAAGUAGACAAAAACAGAAAAACAUAAGCAGAUUUCGUUGCCUGCCAGAUGAAAGCAGCAGUCGAUCGUCGGUCGACGCUAUGAACGCCAAGAAACGCCAACGUCUGGACCUGGGGCUGGAACUAGCUGCCUCGACGGCCCUGGCUACUGGAGCAGCAGGUGGACCAGCAGCAGCUGCCACAACGACCACCACAGCCGAGCUAUCCGAUGCUUUGUUAGCCAGUUCGUUUGGCAAUGGCCAGAGCCUGUUCCUCACCAGCGCCGGCAAUGGCAGCGGCGGUGCCCAGAUCCUUUUGUCCAUCUGCGGUGACGAAAACUCGGAUGAGUCGCAGGAGUACUAUGCCAUCAAGCAGGAGCCCGAUAUGGAUUUGAAUUCUCUGCUGCCGAACAGCCUACAGCUGCCCACUGGCUGUGAGAUCUAUCUGGUGAAGGACACCACAAUCAGUUCGCCCAUCCAGCUGAGUGGACACAACCAUACCCAUUCCCAUACCCACACACAGACCCACCCCCAGACGCGCACUCAAACCCAGAGCAUUCCGCCAAAGGCAACCAUCAAACUGGAGCCGGAUUCGAUGAGCGACCGCUGUGGUCUCACUGUAAAUAAGCUAUGCACAUCGUCCACGAAUAUUCUGUACGUGAGUAACGGCGGCAGUGGCGAGCAUUCACAUCCCUCCACAAAUGCUACGGCAACGCCAGAGACCACGACAUCAACAGGAACAGGAACAGGAUCAGCAGCGGGAACACCAAAACCAAAUCAAUCUGUGGCGGCAACGAUAGCCAAAGUGGCGACAGCAGCAGCCGCCGCAUCUACAGCCGCCACAUCUACAAGCACAAUGCGUGCUCUGAAGCUGGUCGAGGAGACGCAUGUGGGAGCAGCAGCAGCAGCAGCAGCAGCAAGCACGGCCAGUGCGGUUGGUGAUGCCACAGCCACUGCCACCUCUAAAUUGGAUGCGUACAAGAAGCGGGACGAUAAGCGCCGUGCCACGCACAAUGAGGUGGAGCGGCGACGUCGCGACAAGAUCAACUGCUGGAUAUUCAAGCUGAAGGAGAUGCUGCCCGCCGAGGGCAGCCGCUACAGGCCACCACCCCCCAGCAGUGGGCAAAUGGAGUCGGUGAGCAUCAGUCUGAGUUCGAGCACCAGCGAGGCCAGCACCAGUCCCGGCCUCAGAAUCAACCCGAGCGCCAAUGGACGGACGCCGCCCAACGACUCCAAGUCGCAGAUAUUGAUCAAGGCCUGUGAGUACAUCAAGAGCAUGCAGGGCGAGAUAGACAACUUGCGCGAGGGCCUGCGUGAGGCGGACAAGCUGCGUGUGACCAAUAAGACGCUGCGGGAUGAACUAAACAGCUUGAAGCGUCAGCAGGAGCUGCAGGAGCGCUUCCACACCAGCACCGACGGUGGAUCGUUUAAUGUGACGCUCAAUUCGUUGAAUAGCUCUGCUACCAGUGACCUGUUCGAUGGCAUAGAUGGGCCACACCAAGGCGUCGGCAUGGGCAUGGGCAUGGGGAUGGGUAUGGGGGCCUUUGGCAAACGCGGUCUCAUGAUAGCCGACUUCGAUGAAUAGGGUAAUAGUUAUAGGAGGGGUUUGGCGCUAGCGCUGGCGCUGGGUAAAACGCCCCCCGCCGCCGCCCACCCUCUACCACACCAGCCUCAAGCAUCCUCCAAAGAACGACGUACCACGUACAAUAAAUUUGGAAAGACAAGUGAUUUCCUGUUAUCGCUGUUAAAACAUUACAUAUUUAUAUAGAACAAAAACUAUAUUAUUAAUUAAUUAAUUAAUUUAAAAUACAUUUUUUUUUUGAGAGCACGGAUCCUCAUAACAUUUAUUUGCCAUAUCCUUCCUCUGUUGUUUGAAGGGUAAUCGUAUCUCAUGCCAUACAUCCCUCAACAUAUACAUAUGUAGUACACAUAAUAUUACGAAGCCUACGAUACCUACUUAAACCUUUUGUCUUAAGCAUCCAUUUAUGCCAUUUUCCAUUUACAAAGAACUACAACAAAAUGAAACAUUAUUAUAUAUACCCAUACGCCCCACACCCCACACCCCACUCCAUAUACUUGGAUUUAUACAUCCCAUAUAUAUGUAUACUAUCCUAUAAAGUUAACGAUACCUACCUACUACUUAUACCUUUUGACUAAAGCAUACUACAUACAUACAUACAUACAUACACAUACACAUAUGUAUUUGUGAGGCACACACACACACAUAUUGGCCAUUGUGGCUGUGUGUGUGUGGUCGUUUUUUCGAUUUUAAUACCGUAACGUACUGUUUCUCGCACUAAUUACCUAAAGAAAAAAAAUAAACUUGAAGAUAUACGCUAUACGUUAAUGAUAUAUAAGAUAUAUAUUAUAUAUAUAUGAACACGGUAUACCCUCCACACCACACAGCUCCCCCCAUUUUGUACAUAUAAAUUUGUGCUACAAAUCGAAUGAAGAAAAAUGAAAGAAAGUAAGAAAGGGCUAGACUCCCAGUACUCCAUAUAUGUAGCUCCUCUUUUCUGGAUGAUGAUGUUGUUAGGGGGAGAACCGUGAGCGUAUUGUUGAUAGUAUGGUAACCCAGAUAGUUGAAUAUACAUAAAUAAUAUUAUUAUUAUUAUAGUUAAAAAUACAUAAAUUGUUGUGAAUGUUAUAUCAUUGUUUUCGAUAUAUGAUGUUUCCAAAGUAUACACACAUAAAGAAAAGCGAUUUAUAUAUUUCAUAAGUUGACUAGCAUAAAUAUAUAUAUAUAUUAUAUAUCACACACACACACAACAACAACAACAACAACAAGAUGAACAAAUGUUACAAAUCGAAAGAGAAUUACGGGGAGUAAAUCGGAAUUGCAUUGUACCGGAGACUCCCAUAUAAUUAUCAUAGGCAUAGCAUCAUUGACGAUAAACAAUGGACGGAACGGGUGGGAAAUUUGUGUUAAUUGUUGCUAUCUAUAUACAAAAAAAUACCAUACAAUAAUAUCAUAUAUAUUUCUGUCGUUUGACAGCCAAUAAUUCUAUUCAAUUUCAAUAAACGGAAUCAAUAAUGGUUAACGCGAA